GUAGGGCACACUGGGAUCUGUUGUUCUCCAAGACAAGCUGAAGAGCGCGUUAACCAUAGCAACCAAUCACAGCGCCGCUUUCAUUCUCCAGAAGACCUGCUGAGAAACGAAAGAAACGAUUUGAUUGGCUGUGAUGAGACUUGUAACCCAUAGAAACCAAUCACAGCGCUUCUUGUAGCCUCCAAAGCACUGCUGAGAAAUGAAAGCAGAGACCUGAUUGGCUGCAGGGAAACAUAUGACCCAUGGCAACCUAUCACUGCGCUGCUUGUAUCCUCUUAAAGGCUGCUGGGAAAUGAAAGAUGAACGGUCAGGCUGACGGCGAGGUGGAUUAUAAGAGGAAGUACAAGAACCUCAAACGCAAACUCAAGUUCCUCAUCUACGAGCAGGAAUGUUUCCAGGAGGAGCUGAGGAGGGCCCAGAGGAAGCUUCUGAAGGUGUCCAGAGAUAAGAGCUUCCUAUUGGACAGAAUCCUUCAGUAUGAGAACGUGGAUGACGACUCGUCAGAUUCUGAUAUGACGGCGUCUUCAGAGAACAGCGACACGGAGGGAGGACGUGAUACCAGCACCCCCACUGCCAAGAGGAAGCGGAGUCCAUCCACAGGCCCGGCCUCCCCUCCCCCAUCCUCCUCCUCGGGCCUCUCUCUACACGCGUCCGGGGGCCCCUACCUGAGCGCAAUGAGCUCACCCCCCUACACCCCGUUCCCCUCGGAAUACCUGGCUCCUAUCCCCAACUCCACGUCCCCCAAACCCGAGCGAGUCAAGAGAGACAGAAAGAACCGCGGGGUUAAGCCCAGGAAACCUAAGAUCGCCCUCAGCUCGCCCUCCGGCCACCUGCCCUUCAGCCCCCGCUCGUCCGGCCUUCCCCCGCUGUCCUCCUCCAGCAAGCACGCCCCACCCCCGCCCAUCCUCAGCACCGUCCCGCAGCAGAUGUUCAGCGAUGGAGGGGAGGGCAGUGGAGAAGAGGGGCCUCUAGAUGGAGAUGAGGAGGACGAUCUGGUUAUAGAUAUCCCCGAGUAAUAAUGCUGGGACCGACCAAUGGAUUGUUCGCAAGUUAUUCUUUGUGUGUGCAGCGCUAUAGUCUUCUCCAGUAGUGCCGCAAUCAGAUCUAAUUCUCCCCUCCACCCGAGAAGGACGAUGUGGUCCUAGACACCUUGAAUAAUACCGUUGGCACCACCCAAUGGAUUGUAUGUGAGUUUUCCUGUGUAUGCGGCACUAAAGCCUUCUCCAGCAGUGCCGGCCAUCCCAUCUAUUACACUGAUGGUUUGUGUGAGUUCUCCUGCGUUUGUGGCACUAGAUUCUUCUCCAGCAGUGCCACAAUCAGAUCUAAAUCUCCGCUCCACACAAGGUUGACGAUCUGCUCAUAGAUGUCCCUGAGGAAUUUGGCCAGGACCAACUAAUAGUGAUCCUGCCAGUGCCGCACUAAAUUCUUCUCCAGCAGUGCCGUCUAUCAGUUCUAAUUCUCCGUUCCACACGAGGACAACGAUCUGGUCAUAGAUAUCGCUGAGUAAGGCUGGGACUGACUAAAGGGUCUUAUGUGAGUUCUCCUGUGUGCGACACUAAAGUCCUCUCCAGCAGUGCCGCAAUCAGAUCUAAUACUCUGCUUUACACGAGGAGGACAAUCUGGUCAUAGACAUCCCUGAGUAAUAAACUCGGGGCGGCCUAAAGGAUUGUAUGUGACUUCUGCAUGUUCGGCACUGAAGCCUUCUCCAGCAGUGCCGUCUAUCAGUUCUAAUUCUCCGUUCCACACGAGGACGACGAUCUGGUCAUAGAUAUCGCUGAGUAAGGCUGGGACUGACUAAAGGGUCUUAUGUGAGUUCUCCUGUGUGCGACACUAAAGUCCUCUCCAGCAGUGCCGCAAUCAGAUCUAAUACUCUGCUUUACACGAGGAGGACAAUCUGGUCAUAGACAUCCCUGAGUAAUAAACUCGGGGCGGCCUAAAGGAUUGUAUGUGACUUCUGCAUGUUCGGCACUGAAGCCUUCUCCAGCAGUGCCGUCUAUCAGUUCUAAUUCUCCGUUCCACACGAGGACGACGAUCUGGUCAUAGAUAUCGCUGAGUAAGGCUGGGACUGACUAAAGGGUCUUAUGUGCAUUAUCCUGUGUGCGACACUAAAGUCCUCUCCAGCAGUGCCGCAAUCAGAUCAGGACAAUCUGGUCAUAGAUAGAGAUGAGCGA